GCAUCCGGAAAAUACACACCAGGUUGGUGUGUUGCAAUACUAGACGGUGCUAGUUCCACAAUGCUAGAUGGUUUCAACGCAAUUGAUAAAAUAAAGAAGCAUCCGGAAAAUGUGAACCAA